UUGGGCGCUAUAUAAACUGGCCAGCCCGGUCAACUCAUCAUCAAAUCAAGCUCACAGCUCCAAGUAGUCACAACUACCAAAAAACAAAAACCAAUCAACAUGAAAUUCUUCGCCGUCUGCUUCUUCGCUGUUGUGGCUGUGGCUGCUGCCAAGCCCGGAAUCGUGGCUCCUCUGGCCGCCGCUCCUCUGGCUUAUACCGCCCCGGCUGUGGUGGGCAGUGCCGCCUACGUGGCUCCCUAUGCCUCCAGCUACACUGCUAACACUGUGGCCCACAGCGCCGCCUUCCCCGCUGCCUACACCGCUCCAGUUGCUGCCGCCUAUACCGCUCCCAUCGCUGCUCCUGUUGCCGCUGCUUACGCCACCCCUUACGCUGCUGCCUACACCUCUCCUCUGGCCUACAGCUCGCCCUAUGUGGCCAGCCCCUAUGUUGCCACCGCUGCCGCUCCUCUGCUGCUGAAGAAGUAAAUCGACGGAUUGUGAACCUUGCCCAAAAUAUUUCCCCGUGAGCUUGGCCCAUGGCUUGGUAUAUAUUUUCAUAGACCUCAAAAGAUGAUUUUACGAAUGAAUUAAAUUUUCUAAAGCUCA